UAGGGCACUCCCUUACUUGGAAAGCCGAAAUAAAACCCUCCCCUUCCCUUCUAAGCAAUCUCUAAAACCCUCAUGCGCCUCUCUCUCCGCCAUUGACAGAUUCGAACAAGCAAAAACCUUUUCAACUGCCGCUGGAAUUUCCUCGUGUGAACUUAUUCGGUUAUACCUGUUGUAAUAAUAAUGUUGAAGAUUAGAACACCGAAAACACAUAGAGGUAAACGGGAGCUUGAGAAACGAGCCCCUAAACUUGUGGAAGGAAAUAAGAAGACUUUGAUUCUUCACGGUACAAAGACGAGUAAUGUACUUAACUCGGUUUUAACUGAAAUUUAUCAUCUUAAGAAAGAAAAUUCAGUGAAAUAUACUAGGAAGAAUGAUAAUAUUAGGCCGUUUGAAGCUGGGGGUGAAACAAAUCUCGAAUUCUUUUCUCAAAAAACCGAUUGUUCCCUCUUUGUGUUCGGUUCUCACUCAAAAAAGCGGCCUGAUAAUCUAGUUAUUGGGCGUUUCUAUGAUCACCAUGUUUAUGAUUUGGUAGAGCUUGGUGUUGAGAAUUUUAGGUCACUUCAGUCUUUCUCAUAUGAUAAAAAGAUUGCCCCAAAAAUGGGUUCCAAACCUUUAAUAGCUUUUGUCGGUGAAGGUUUUGAGAGUGUUGAUGAGCUCAAGCAUUUAAAGGAAGUUCUCUUGGAUUUAUUGAGAGGAGAGGUAAUUGAUAAUUUAAAUCUUGCUGGAGUCGACCGUAUUUAUGUAUGCACUGCUGUUUCUGCAAAUAGGGUAUACCUCAGUCACUGUGCAUUAAGGCUUAAGAAGUCGGGAACUAUUGUUCCAAAAAUUGAAUUGGUUGAAGUUGGACCUUCCAUGGAUUUGGUAGUGAGGAGACACCGUCUUCCUAAUGAAGGUUUGAGGAGAGAAGCUCUGAAGACUGCUCCAGACAGCACAAAAAAGAAGGUGAAAAAUGUCAAGGGAGAUCCUCUGCUGGGCAAGACAGGAAAGAUUUAUAUUCCAGAUCAGAAGCUUGGAGACAUGGCACUACCAAACAAAGCCAAAGGAGUAAAGAGGGAACGCCGAGAAGCCAAGAUGAACAGGGGCUUGAAAAAACAAAAAGCAGAAGAGUCUACCUAAAACAUUAUCCUAGUUUAUCCUGCUUUUCACAAUUUUGGCUUGUAACAUUAUUCCAUUUUGCAAAAACUACUUCAGAACACUUGAAAAUUCGCACGAUUACAGAUCAUAUGGUUUGAUGAUUAUUACGAAUGGAUGUUUUUGAGCAGGCUGAUAUAAUAUAUGGUUAUGCGCAAACAAGCAGAAGCGAAUUUUCAUCA